UCUUCUUCCACCAUUUCUGCUUCAGCUUUCACUCUCUCUCUCUCUCUCUCUCUCUCUUCCCUGGACCCUCCACCCUUUCUCUCUCAUCAACUUUUUCCUUCUCGAGCUCUGGGUUUGUGUUCUUUUCUUCGUUUGUUUUUGCUGUUAAGAAUCCAAGGAUACAUUUGGGAGAAAAGGUAGAGAUCUUCCGAGAGAGUGGUUCGUUUAGAAAAAUAAAAGAUUCUAACAUGUGAUUAUUCUUUCUGGGCUUAGGCAAAGGUCCCUUUGUUCUCUCCGCAGUUGUUUUCUUUGGGUUUACUCAACAAUGAGGUGAGGUUUUCAGCACAGAAGAAAAAGAUUAGAGAACUUUGAACUUUCGGAAGAUGGAGACUGUGAAGCCGGUGGCUAUUACUCAGGGAAAGGGAAGACUUAGACGUACAGUUGCCAAAGUUCUUCACAUCCAUAAAUUAGCAGGUGUGGCCCCUGAAGACGGAGUUGAGAAAGUGAAGAGCCGGGAGAAAGGCAAACUCGAUCAGGAUUUCGCCAAGAAUGAGGAUCUGUCUGAGUCGUUUGACAAGCGCGAGGAAGAGUACGAGAAAAAAUUGGCCUUGGAAGCUCUUCUCGCUAAGUUGUUUGCCAUGGUUUCUUCCAUCAAAUCGGCUUAUGCCCAGUUACAGCAUGCUCAGUCUCCGUACAAUUCCGAUGGGAUCCAGAAAGCAGACAGCUUGAUAGUAUUGGAACUGAAAACUUUGUCUGAACUGAAACAAUGCUUCUUGAAGAAAGAGUUCGGCCCUUCUCCCGAAAGAACUCUGGUUCUUGCAGAAAUCCAAGAACUGAAUAGUCUCUUGAAAACGUAUGAGAUCACGGGGAGGAGGCUGGAGUCUCAGAUCAAGCUCAAAGAAUCGGAGAUCGUGUUUUUGAAAGAGAAGCUGGAAGAACACUGCAAGCAGAACAAGUUGCUGGAGAAGAGGCUGAACCAAAGUGGUCAACUUUGCAAUCCUCUGGAGAAUCUUCACUUGUGGGGGCUAAACCCGAACCAUUUCGCUACAUAUCUCCAUCACACUAUCAAAUCUAUCAGGGGCUUUGUCCGGUUGAUGGUUGAGGAGAUGAAAAUCGCUGCAUGGGACAUCGACAUGGCGGCUAAUUCCAUACAGCCUGGCGUUAUCUAUUACAAACCCGACCACAAGUGUUUUACUUUCGAGCACUUCGUUUGCAGGGUAAUGUUCGAGGCAUUCAAUCUACCAUUCUUUUCGGGUUCAAGCGAAUCUUCCCACAAGAAGAACAGAGAAUCUAGGGAGAUAUUCUUCAAGAGGUUCACCGAGCUUAACUCCAUGAAAAUGAAGGAAUAUCUUGCAGGUCGGCCCAAAUCAAGAUUCGCGAGGUUUUGCAGUGCAAAGUACUUGCAGCUCAUCCACCCGAAUAUGGAACAGGCAUUCUUCAGUCGCACAGGGGAAUUCCCGGAGAUGAGCAUUGCCACUGCGUUUCUCGAAAUGGCGAAACGGGUAUGGCUCUUGCAUUGCUUAGCUCUCUCCUAUGAGCCCGAGGCCUCAAUCUUUCAAGUAUCGAAAGGUUGCAGAUUCUCGGAAGUAUACAUGAAGAGCGUGGCCGAGGAGGUUUUCUUCUCGCCGGAACCCGAGCCACGGGUUGCAUUCACCGUGGUUCCAGGUUUCAGGAUCUGCAAGAAUUUGAUAGAAUGCGAGGUUUAUCUCUCCAACUAGUAGAAAUGGAUGAUGAACUUGGAAAUGUAAUAAUCAAUCACUGGUAAUGUUCGGUUCUGUCUUUUCGGUAUUUUGUCGAUGCUAGAACGGAGAGGGGUCCGAAGGAUCUCUCAGCUAUUCUCCACCAUUAUCAUCCUCUCUUCUAUGAUAUAUGUAAAUAAUUCAUAAUUAAAUUACUAGUUUUAUUUUUCGCUGUUUUUU